UCGGCGGGGGAGGGGGCUGUGGCUGGAGCCGGGGCGGAGCCGCGCGCCGGGCGGGGCCGGAGCCGGGGGGUGCAGCUAGACAGCCCCUGAGCAGCGGCGGGAGAGCAGCACACAGCCUCCGGGAGCCCAGGCCAGGCAGCCAUGGCGGUGGAAGGAGGAAUGAAAUGUGUCAAGUUCCUGCUCUACGUUCUCCUGCUGGUCUUCUGCGCCUGUGCGGUGGGACUGAUUGCUGUGGGCGUAGGGACCCACCUCGUCCUGAAUCAGACCAUCACCAAUGGGGCCACCCCUAGUUUCCUGUUGCCUGUGGUCAUCAUCGCAGUGGGGGCCUUCCUCUUCCUGGUGGCCUUUGUGGGCUGCUGUGGAGCCUGCAAGGAGAACUACUGUCUUAUGAUCACAUUUGCCAUCUUCUUGUCCCUUAUCAUGUUAGUUGAAGUGGCUGCAGCCAUUGCUGGCUAUGUGUUUAGAGACAAGGUGAGAUCAGAAUUUAAUAAGGACUUCCGGCAGCAGAUGAAGAAUUAUCCAAAAGACAACCAGACGGCAUCGAUCCUGGACAAGAUGCAGAAAGAUUUUGAGUGCUGCGGGGCGGCUAACUACACAGACUGGGAGAAGAUCCCGACCAUGACCAAUCGAGUCCCUGACUCCUGCUGCGUCAAUAUCACUCAUAACUGUGGGGUUAAUUUCAUUGUAAAGGACAUCCAUACUGAGGGCUGUGUGGAGAAGAUUGCGGCCUGGCUGAGGAAGAAUGUGCUGGUGGUGGCUGCGGCAGCCCUGGGCAUUGCCUUUGUGGAGAUCCUGGGUAUUGUCUUAGCAUGCUGCCUUGUGAAGAGCAUCCGAAGUGGCUAUGAGGUGAUGUAGGGGGUCUGUCUCUUCAGCCCCCUCAUCCAGGGGAGUGGGGUAAUAUACUCCAGGUUUUUCAAUUAAACGGAUUAUUUUUUCAGACCCCAAA